AUGCGGGUCUUCGGGUUGUUAAGGAGGGGAGAGGAUCGGCGGGUGCGGGGCGCGGCGUUGAAGGCGGUGUGUAAUUUGUUAGUGAACUUCUCGCCGUUGCAAAAGGUGUUCUUGGAGAAUGGCCUUCUUGACCGCUUGAUGGAGUUCGUCAAGAGUGCGGAUCCGCCGUUGCAGCUCGGCGCUCUUUGGGCGCUCAAGAACUUGCUUCACAAGGCGAAGUUGGAAGACAUACGGACAACGAUACGGACCUUUGGAUGGGAUCGGUUGACUGAACUUCUGACGGACGAGGACGCGGCAGUCCAAGAGCAGGCCGUCCACAUCCUCAAGAACAUCACCGAAAGCACUGCCGGCGUCGACCUUGUCCUUCACAAGAUUGGCGAACGCGAGCUGCUCACCGCGCUCUGUCAGGCCCUUGGCUCAACAUCCGACGAUGUCGUCCUGCAGGCGGCGGGCGUCGUCUCCAACCUCGCUAAUGGAACCCCUUCGCAGCAAGACGCUCUCUUCUCCCACCCGCAGCUUCUCGGGCUUCUGCGCGCUUGCCUUGGUGAGCGCAGUGCAGCGCUUGGGCACCACCACCCGCACGGGCACGGACACGGCGAACGCAGCGCGGCGGUGCGUAUGCCGGCCUUGAGCGCGGUGCUAGCGCUCGCGCAGGCCAGUCACGACAGACGACGCGCGAUGAUUGAGGCGGGACUUCUGAAUACGCUGCAAAGAAUAUGUGAGCGGACGGGUGGGACGUCGGGGCGGUGGGAGCAUGUACCAAGAGAUGAGCUGGAACUUGCGAGGAAGGCGCUGGACUGGCUCGAGCACGGGGAUUUCUAUGAGUGAAGGAAGGUCCAUAUCCCGGAUGACUAUGUAUGUGUGUAUCACCGCACGUAUAUAUUGCGUCUGUAUGACACUUAGCUCAUGUGCGGACUGGCAGGAUGACCAGUUUUCAACCGACGUCCG